AUGUCCCAAUUAUUCAAUAACUCGCGCUCAGAUACCUUGUUUCUAGGAGGUGAGAAAAUAAGUGGUGAUGAUAUUCGUAAUCAAAACGUUUUAGCUACCAUGGCUGUGGCGAACGUUGUCAAGUCAUCUUUAGGCCCUGUUGGAUUAGAUAAAAUGCUUGUUGAUGACAUCGGUGAUUUUACUGUUACCAACGAUGGUGCCACUAUUUUAUCUUUGUUAGAUGUUCAACAUCCAGCAGGGAAGAUUUUAGUGGAAUUAGCCCAACAACAGGAUAGAGAAAUUGGCGAUGGUACUACUAGCGUUGUUAUUAUUGCUUCUGAGCUAUUGAAAAGAGCUAACGAGUUAGUCAAGAAUAAAAUUCACCCAACCACCAUCAUAACUGGUUUCAGGGUUGCAUUGAGAGAAGCUAUUCGUUUUAUAAAUGAGGUUCUUUCCACAAGUGUUGAUACUUUAGGAAAAGAGACACUAAUCAAUAUUGCUAAAACUAGUAUGUCUUCCAAGAUCAUUGGUUCUGAUUCCGAGUUUUUCAGCAACAUGGUUGUAGAUGCACUUUUAGCUGUGAAGACACAAAAUUCUAAAGGAGAAACUAAAUACCCUGUAAAAGCUGUCAAUGUUUUGAAAGCACAUGGUAAAUCUGCUACUGAAUCAUUGUUGAUACCAGGUUAUGCUUUAAAUUGUACCAUUGCUUCUCAAGCAAUGCCUAAGCGUAUCGCUGGUGGUAAUGUUAAAAUUGCAUGUUUAGAUUUGAACUUGCAGAAGGCCCGUAUGGCAAUGGGCGUUCAAAUCAAUAUUGACGACCCGGAACAGUUAGAACAAAUCCGUAAACGUGAAGCCGGUAUCGUUCUGGAAAGAGUUAAAAAGAUUAUUGAUUCUGGUGCUCAAGUGGUGUUGACUACUAAAGGUAUCGAUGAUCUAUGUCUGAAGGAAUUUGUUGAAGCAAAGAUCAUGGGUGUAAGACGUUGUAAGAAGGAGGAUUUAAGGAGAAUUGCCCGUGCUACAGGUGCCACUUUAGUGGGUUCUAUGUCUAACUUAGAAGGUGAGGAAACUUUUGAAAGCAGUUAUUUGGGCCUUUGUGAUGAGGUGGUUCAAGCCAAAUUUUCCGAUGAUGAAUGUAUUUUGAUUAAGGGUACUUCUAAGCAUUCUUCUUCUUCAAUCAUUUUAAGAGGCGCCAAUGAUUAUUCUCUGGAUGAGAUGGAACGUUCUCUGCAUGAUUCUCUUUCUGUUGUUAAGAGAACGCUUGAAAGUGGAAAUGUCGUGCCCGGUGGGGGUUGUGUUGAGGCCGCCUUGAAUAUUUACUUGGAUAAUUUUGCCACCACCGUUGGUUCUCGCGAACAGUUGGCUAUUGCUGAAUUUGCGGCUGCAUUGUUGAUCAUCCCGAAAACUUUAGCAGUCAAUGCUGCCAAGGAUUCCAGUGAAUUAGUUGCAAAAUUGAGGUCUUACCAUGCUGCUAGUCAAAUGGCUAAACCAGAAGACGUUAAGAGGAGAGGUUACAGGAACUAUGGUCUGGAUUUAAUUAGAGGUAAAAUUGUAGACGAAAUCCAUGCUGGUGUUCUUGAACCAACCGUAAGCAAAGUUAAAUCUUUAAAAUCAGCAUUGGAGGCCUGUGUAGCAAUUUUAAGAAUUGACACGAUGAUUACAGUGGAUCCAGAACCACCAAAAGAAGAUCCGCACGCACAUUGA